UCGCAUUUCGCGAAAGGAGAAAAUCCCGUGGAGGAAUCCCAGAGUGACAAUGGCUACCUACAGCCUGGCGAACGAGCGGCUACGCGCACUGGAAGACAUUGAACGGGAAAUAGGCGCCAUUCUCCAGAAUGCAGGUACGGUGAUUCUGGAGCUGUCGAAGGAAAAAACCAAUGAGCGACUCCUAGACCGCCAGGCGGCGGCAUUCACGGCAUCGGUGCAACACGUGGAGGCGGAGCUGUCAGGUCAGAUCCGCUACCUCACCCAGGUGGCCACAGGGCAGCCCCAUGAGGGAUCCAGCUACUCUUCAAGGAAGGAUUGUCAGAUGGCCCUGAAGCGAGUGGACUAUGCCCGCCUUAAGCUCAGUGAUGUGGCCCGAACCUGUGAGCAGAUGCUGGAAAACUAGAUCAGGCAGGUGGAGCAAGAGCUUGGAAGGAGAACAUCACCUGCAUCCUGGGUGGAACCUGGAGACCUGCAGGAUGGGGAGCGUGGGCUGCCGCAUGUGUGCCCUGCAGGUCAGAGCGUAUGAGGGCAAAGAAGCAAACAGUGGGAAUGGAGAAACUUCAAGACCCAGCCAGCCUACAACUAAGCCCUGGCUCCUCCAGCAGGGUGCUCCUGCUCUGUACUUUUUCACAAAAGCACUGACCAGCUCAGACAGGAGAUGGCAAUUCAUAGUGGGCUAUGCUUAACCCACUUCAUCAUACAUUUCGUGUCCCUGCCACAGGUUUCCACUGACUUAGAUCAAUGAGAACACUUUCUUCUUCAUUGGAAGAGACAAAACAAGAACUAAGGGUUUUAAUAAAAACAGUAACAAAAACAAGGAGCUCAGACUCACUGGGGCACAUAUGGGUGACGCAAAGGAUUGAGGAAGUAAAACCAGCCUGUCUAUGGCUGCUGAAGAGGGAUAAUGGAUGGGAAGCCCAAGCCUUCACUGUGAGGUCGAGGGAGGAAGCAGGAGAGGGCUGAAGCCGGAGAGGAACAACUGGUGUAAUGUGAAGAGAGACCUGGGAAAUGGGGAACCAUCAGCAGAGAAGCUGAGGCAAAGGGGCAAGCACGUGAGGCCAGGGUCUGCAGCAAGAAGAGUCAAAAAUUAUAAAAAUAAAAUUAUUUUUAGUAGUUAAAAUAACACAGGAUUUGUCCAAGAUAGUACUCAGUGUAAAAGGAAGAUUAUACAUUAUGGCAUAGAAAACAAAACAGAAGAGAGGGAGGUGAGUGCUUAAUCGUGUGUUAAAUAUUAAAUACGCACAGAGCACCUACUGUGUACCAGUUUGUUCUAGUGCAUUAAAUGCAGGGGUACUGAGUAAAUCAUAAUCAUUACCCUCACAAGCUUCCAUUCUUAGCUCCAGCGGUGGAGUCUGGUGCCACAGGUGCAUAAUGAAGCUGCAAAUCUGGAAAAGAUAAACUGAGAGGUGAGCUCUGAAAUCAAAGGAAGCUGGUCCGGGGACAUGGGGUGAUAGCAUGAACUGGGGAAUCAAAACUCAGAAACAUUAACCACCAGAUCUGGUAAACAGUAGGUGCUCAAUAAAGAUUUGUGAA